UGUGUUUCUUCAACGGUAUCAUGAAAUUGCUCAUUGUCUUCGCCUUGGCCUUGGCCACCGCUUCAGCCUUCGACUUGAGAGGGGCCACUUUGGAAUCCCGCAACGUUGUUAUGCCCGUUGUUGAGUCUGAGGGCCGCAUUACCAAUGGUCAUGAUGCCGCCGUUGGACAAUUCCCCUACCAAGUUGGUCUUUCCUUGAAGGUUAGCGCUUUGUCAUCUGCCUGGUGCGGUGGAUCUUUGAUUGGCAACAAAUGGGUAUUGACUGCUGCUCACUGUACCGAUGGCAUCUCCUCGGUUACCGUCUACUUGGGCGCUACUGUACGCACCUCCGCCGAAGUCACUCACACCGUUGGCAAAGACGACAUCAUCAUCCAUGCCAACUGGAGCAGCAAGACCUUGAAGAAUGACAUCUCUCUGAUCAAGAUCCCCUCCGUCACCUACACCAGCAAGAUCAAGGCCGUCAAAUUGCCCGCCAUUUCCACCUCUUACUCCACCUAUGCCGGAGAUGAAGCUGUCGCUUCUGGUUGGGGUCGCACUUCUGACUCUGCCAAUGGUGUUGCCACACACUUGCAAUAUGCUGACAUGAAGAUCAUCACCAACAGCGCUUGCAUGGCCACCUUCGGUGUCACUAUCACUUCUUCAAACAUUUGCGUCUCUACCCCUAAUGGUGUUUCCACUUGCAAUGGUGAUUCUGGCGGUCCAUUGGUCUUGAAAUCCAACAGUGUUCAAAUUGGUUUGACUUCCUUCGGUUCCGCUGCUGGUUGCGAGAAGGGUUACCCAGCUGCCUUUACCCGUGUCACCAGCUACUUGGAAUGGAUCAAGCAACACACUGGUAUCUCUCACUGAGAAUAUUUUUCUGUAUGAUGAUUAUUUUUUAUAAAUAAACGUUCUAUGUUUAUUAGGC